ACCAUGGAGACUCAGAGGGCCAGCCUCGCCCUGGGGCGGCGGUCACUUUGGCUCUUGCUGCUGGGACUAGUGGUGCCCUUGGCCAGUGCCCAGGCCCUCAGCUACAGGGAAGCUGUGCUCCAUGCUGUGGAUCGCCUCAACGAGCGGUCCUCAGAAGCUAAUCUCUACCGCCUCCUGGAGCUGGACCCGCCUCCCAAGGCCGAUCAGGACCUGGACACCCCGAAGCCUGUGAGCUUCACGGUGAAGGAGACCGUGUGCCCCAGGACGACCCAGCAGCCCGCGGAGCAGUGUGACUUCAAGGAGAAUGGGCUGGUGAAACAGUGUGUGGGGACAGUCACCCUGGACCAGUCCAAGGACCAAUUUGACAUAAACUGUAAUGAGUUUCAGAGUGUCAGGAGAAUUCGUAUCCGGCCUCCACGUUUGCCAAGGCCAAGGCCACGCCCGUGGUUCCCGCCAAGGUUCCCCAUUCCAAGGAUUCCUGGAAAACGGUGA